UUCUCGUUGGGGGUAGCUUUGGCUCGGUGACACCGAAAAGUCACGUGCAAAAUUACAGGGGGGUGGGGGCGGCAGAGAAAGGGGGUGUCGUUUGAGGUUGCAAUUCUCUGCACGCUUACUUAGCACUUAGUUCAUGAGAUCCGCGGAAAGAAGUUACUCAUGCCGAUUAGGCAUAGAUAGCUUUACGGAGGACUGCCAUCCGAUCUUUUUCAUCAAGGGGUAAAGCCCCAGUAAAUAUAGCAGUAUUGGGCGAGUAAGGGUUGGUAAGAUUUUUGUAAUUACUCAGAUGUUGAAAUUUACACAAAAUUGUUUAGCUUUCUGGCAAAGACGAAAAGGUCAAAGAGCUCUACUUUUCUGGAUGAUGCAGGAGGCACGUCUCUUAACUUGUCAUUUUGUUCUUUUGGGAAAUAGGCUAGACUAUUUCCAUAUGAUUUUUAAUUUACAAGCCAAUGAUGAACCUUCAGCACUGCUGUCCUAAUUCUCAGCUAGAGUAAAUGUGCAUAAUAGUGGGAAAAGACAACGUGAAUUUUAAUCUGAAAAAUGCAGACUUUAAUGCCCGAGCCUCAAAUUUAUGUUGAAAGAACCUUGGCAAUCAUCAAGCCAGAUAUUAUCAACAAAGAAGUAGAAAUAGAAGAUAUAAUUCUCAGAUCAGGAUUUACUAUUGUUCAGAAAAGAAAGCUUCAGCUAAGUCCAGAGCAAUGUAGCAACUUCUAUGUAGAACAGUAUGGGAAAAUGUUCUUUCCAAAUCUGACAGCUUACAUGAGUUCUGGACCUUUAGUUGCAAUGGUUCUUGCUCGGCAAAAGGCAAUCUCAUACUGGAAAGAACUUCUUGGACCUUCAAGUAGUAUAGUAGCUAAGGAAACACAUCCUGACAGUUUAAGAGCAAUCUAUGGAACAGAUGAUCUGAGGAAUGGACUUCAUGGUAGUGCCAACUUUUCCUCAGCUGAAACAGAAAUCCGAUUCAUGUUUCCUGAAGUAUUGAUUGAACCAAUUCCAACUAAGCAAGCUGCUAAGGAUUACCUUAAUUUAUAUGUCAUACCUACUCUACUGAAAGGACUGACAGCGCUAUCUAAGAAGAAACCAGCAGAUCCUUUUAUGUGGCUGGCUGAUUGGCUAAUCGAAAAUAAUCCAAAUACACCUAAGUUGCGGAAUAAUGUGAUUGUGGAGGAACCUUAAAAGAAGAGACUGCCAGUUAAAUCUUAACCAAUUUCCUGCAAGUAUCACAAGUAUCCAUAUUUGGGCCUUAAACUAAUAAAGAAUAUUUGUUGCAA